UCAGACGCGCCACAAUGUCAGCGCCACGAUCCCGUCACCAUCAUCAGCACCACCAUGCGAUCCACCAAAUCCAUCACAUCCUCAGCCGGCGGCAGUGGUGCCUCUUCCUUUUGCUUAUCAUGUCAACACUUUGCAAUGCCGUUUCAGUGACCUCAGGUACAUCGGGCAAUAGUCGCCGUCGUUCGGGAGGAUCAGUAGGAUCAGGAGGAGCAGGUGUAUCCUCUUUGGAGGACACUGGCGAUAAGACAGUGCCCGAUCAGCUGGCUUUGGCAGCUAAUCGUCGGGGAUUGGAUGAUCGAGUCUACCCCAGGCGGGGAUCGGUGAUACACAGCAGCAGGCCAAAGGAGGCGUCUAGCAAAGAUUACAGCUAUGGUCAGGUGGAACUGAAUCUAGUGCGCCCAGAACAGGAAUCGCAUCCGAAACUCAUUGUGAGCAGCACAACCGCAGCAUCCGGAUCCGGUGGCUCCGUCAAUCUGGAGGACUCCCAAUCGGCAGCCGAGUAUGUGGUCAAUGCCAUUAAGUUGGCCUACAAACAGCCACCGGUGCAGAUUCAGCUCAAGAGUCCAAACCAAAAUCAGAAUCAAAAUCUGAUUCAGAAUCAAAAUCAAAAUCAAAAUCUAAAUCAGAAUCUUAACCUUAAGGAACUGCAAGCCUCAACCCAGAGAAGUUAUCAAGAGCAGAGGAACAGGGAGAGGGAGCUGCUGGAAUUGCAAAUGCACAAGGAGUUGCAACAACAGGCUUUGAUCCUGGCCUCUGGAUCCUCGUCGCCAUCGUCGGUAUCCCUAGGAUCGGCCUCCUCCGCCUCUUCACCACCAUCGCCCGCUUUGGCACCCGCUCCCGUCUACGAAAAGGAACCGGUGACCCGGAGCUAUGAGCUCUAUGAACCCUCCACCGAGGGCGAUUCCCAGAUUCAGGGACAGGAGGACAUCGAACGACACUAUCGACCCAAAUACAGUAAUAACAACCAAUAUAACAACUAUAAUGCCCCCUAUCAGUACAGAAAUCUGGAAGCCGAGGCCGAGGAAAAAGUUCGUGUAUCUGCCUCUACGGAAAUUCCCAAAUCGGAGAUUAUGAAACAAAUUGAAAAGUCGGUAAUCAAGUAUAUGAAAGAACUGGAGGCGGAGGGUAAAAUCAUAAGUACGCCUCAAGAGCCGGCCACGCCCCCGUCGUCGUCGCCACCACCACCGCCGCCGCCGCCCCCGCCUUCGAUUACCAAGACCUCCUACUACAAAUCAUCGGUCAACUCCGGUGCUUACCAUAUACCAUCUUCUCACUCGGAAGAGAAACGCUAUAGCAGCAGUACGGUGAGACCCAAGUAUACGGCACCAUCAACGACGACGAAACAACAACACCACCAGCAACAGGUCUACCAUCAACAACAGGUGCACCACCAGCAACACCCACAGCAGCAGCACCACCACCAAAUAGCUGGGAAACUAAGGAGCUCUUCUUCGAUUUCAAAACCCAUCCAGCAGCAGCAACAGCACUUUCAAUCCGAAACGGAAACGGCCUAUCAGGCACCCGAUUUACCCGUUGACGAACUCAGUCCCAAUGUUGAGUUCAUCUACAAGAUCAAGACACGAGCUCCACUGCAAACGGCCACGGUGAAGACCGUUUCGAAACCCUAUACUCUGCCCCUGAAGAGUGCCGAACAUUUUGAUCAUGGUGCGGCCCUGAAAAAUAUCGAAGAAUUCGAUCUCUCCCAUGUGGUGCCCACGCCAGAUCGGGUGGAAAGGGAAAGGGAGAGGGAGAGAGAGAGGGAGAGGGAGAGGGAAAGGGAGAGGGAAAUCAGGGAUAGAGAACGUGAUUCUCGCGAAGAUCAGAAGCAGCCGCACAAGUUGUACUUCAAUUCCGAAAUCUAUCACGACAUCAAUGCUUUGCCCUAUAAAAGUAAAGAGGCAGCUUUGCAGGAAUAUCGCCAUAAGCUCAAGAUCGGCGGAUCCGGGGAAUUACAUCCGGAUUAUAAGGGGUAUUCCGGUUAUUUUGCCGAACCGGAAGGCGAGUUGGAAAACGAAUCCAAGCUUGUUCUACACGAAGACGAUUAUCCCUAUCAGUAUGUGUUGAAAAAGGAACCUCUACUACAGGAUGAUCAUGAUUCCUGGUUGGAACAACAACAGCAACAGCCUCUACGCCUUGCCCAUGGCCACACCCACACGCACAGCCAUGCCCAUUCCCAUGCCCAUGGCCACGCCCACUCGCACAGCAGCGGCAAGCAUGCGAGUCUCGAAUACGAUAGCUAUAGCCCUAAAUUCAAUAAUAAUCCCGAAGGUUAUGGCUAUCAGCAUACGUACAAGGUCAGAGGUCAAGCGGUAGGCGGCGGUGGUUCAGGGAGCGUGCCCAUCGCAGGGGGCGUGGCCUCGGGAGGUGGUAAGCGUGGAAAAAGGGGCGGCGGUGCUCAUCCCAGACAAGAGGCGAUUAAGAAGCAACUGCGAGCCACGGAGGUCAAGGAUUUGGAAGCAAGUUUGGCCUUGAGGCCACCGCCCAAAUAGUUAAACCCUCCCACCCCCCAAAGACUUACCCCCCAUCCCCUUGUAGCUGAUUUUAUGCCAGAGUUUCGAAGCAUGGUUGAUUGUAUAUGAUAUUGUUUUUUUUUUGUUUGUUAGAUACC